UCGGUGAAUAUGUUGAGCACUAGUGCAUCAUGUUCUGUCUGGUAAACACUUGUUAUGCCAGCAUAAUUCUGAAUUCUUUCUCUGGGAGAUUCUUAAAGAGAAGGCGCCUAAUCAGUUAUAUGUAAGGAUGACAACUGGACUGCUUCGUGAGUCUAGUCAGUAAUCCUUGUUUAGCUGAUGUCACAGUCGGUUUGCAUCCUCAUCGUCAACUAGAUGACAUCUCGGAAAGAACAACAUAUUCGGAAUACGGACACCGUAUCGAACGCAACAAAGUUUGUGAGCUUUUCAUGAACCCCUUUUGCAAAUAAUGCCAAAGGGGCCAGCAGAAUCUGAGUUCUCAAAGCCGUUUUCCAAUCCAAACGAACAAAUUGUGUGGAACCAAAUGUCGUCUGCUCUUCUUCUCAAACGUGCCAUUUCAGGAUCCAGCUCCACGUUGCCCCGUGAGAACGACCAAGCGCACAUAACGCGGUCGAGAUACGCGUUGUUUUACUAUCUUCCACUUCUUCUCCUGUUCUUCCUUCAGUGUUGCUUCGUUAUCCUCACCAUAAUCUUUCGAAUUCUCCUGUGAGUUUUGCGAAGCUUGGAAGAGGUUUCCUGGGCGAGGUCCUUGGAAGACCAUACUCCAGAGACUCUAUGUGGAUGCGUGGAACUUUAGAAGCCAAUGACAUUUCUUAAAUCUUUUCUGUGAGUUUGGCGACACUUGGAAUCUUCAGAGCUUUAUUCCUAUGAAUACUGGGACCUUAGGAAGACAUUCAUCUUUCCAUUUAGGGGACAAUAAUUUCCGUAGUGUUCAUGAAAGAGUGUUGAACUCGGCAAUAAAAAUACUCUGGAAGCUGUACUAUAUUCGAAGAUCUUGGAAGGCAGUAAACUUUGGAGUGUUCCUGUAAAAGACAGGGUAACCAUUUUUCUUGCUGGUGUGCAAAUCGCGUGUUUUCCGUUUCGUGUGACCUGCUACUCACAUCAUAUGGACCAAAGUUAAAGUCUGAUCCAAAUGGCUUCUCAACGGAAAGAUCGAACCAGGUUUUUUUUCUCUUAACUUCACUCCAAUGAAGAAAAUGGCGACGAAUAAGCACUCCUUGUUAGAAAGGGUCAUAUUUAAUUGUGACAUGGGUGAGAGCUUUGGGUUGUAUAAAAUGGGAGACGAUGACUCGAUGUUUGAAGUGAUAGAUAUUGCAAAUGUUGCAUGUGGGUUUCAUGCCAGUGACUUCUCGGUCAUGGCAGAGACAGUGAAGAAGGCGAAGGUUCAUGGUAUUCCUGUUGGUGCCCAUCCGUCGUUUCCAGACCUUCAGGGGUUUGGUCGACGACAGAUGGCUCUAUCACCUGAGGAAGUGAAGCACUCGGUCAUGUACCAAGUUGGCGCAUUGAAGGCUUUCUUAGAGGCUGAAAACAUGGAACUCAGCCACAUAAAACCACACGGUAGUCUCUAUGGUGUUGCUGCAAGAGACGACAAGGUCUGUGCUGCCAUCCUUGAUGUUUGCAAACUGUACAAUGUUCCUUUUGUGGGAAUGCCAGGCACUUUGCACGAGUCCGUUGCAAAGGAACACAGAAUUCCCUUCAUUGCUGAGUUCUUUGUAGAUUUAUACUAUGAUGACGAUGGGAGGGUGAUCGUGACAAAGACCCACCAAGCUGUUGACCCUGAGGAAGCGGCAGAGAGGGUUCGGAAAGCGUUGCAAGGGAAAUAUUACUCUGUCAAUGGGAAAGAGUUUGAAAUUCAUCCCCAGAGUAUCUGCGUCCACUCAGACACUCCUGGUGCCGUUGAGGUUGCUCGGGCAGUUCGUCGUGUAGUUGACAACUUCAACACGCUUGGAACUGGCAGAAAUGGAAUCACGAAGGUACUAAUAGCCAACAGGGGUGAAAUUGCUUGUCGCAUCAUCCGCACAUGCAAGAAGAUGGGCAUCAAAACUGUGGCUAUCUAUGAGUCCUCAGAAGAGAAUGCAAUGCACGCACUUGAGGCAGAUGAGAGCCUGGAGUUGCCAAAAGGAGAAACAUAUGUAUCGAUUGAUGCUAUCACCAGACUUUGCCAACAAGCAAAAGUUGAUGCUGUCCAUCCAGGUUAUGGUUUCUUGAGUGAAAAUGCCUCAUUCUGUGAAGCAGUUGAAAAAACUGGAAUUUCCUUUCUUGGUCCAACUUCUGAGACGAUCAGUGAGUUUGGCUUGAAGCACAAAGCUCGUGAUCUUGCUGUCCUUGCUGGGGUUCCAGUUGUUCCUGGGACGCAUCUUCUUACUGGGAUCAAGGAUGCUGUAAAAGCUGCAUCCCAACUUACUUACCCUGCCCUGUUGAAAGCCACAGGUGGUGGUGGAGGAAUUGGGAUGCAAAUUUGCUCGGAUGAGCAACAGUUGCGGAAAGUCUUCACAGACUGCCAAAGGUCCGCAGAAAAGUACUUUGGUAACUCUGGUGUUUACCUUGAGAAGUACUACCCUAACAGUCGCCAUAUUGAGGUCCAGGUGUUUGGUGAUGGGUUAGGCCGGGUGAUCCAUCUGGGGGAACGGGAGUGCUCUGUACAGAGGAGAAACCAGAAGGUCAUUGAGGAAACCCCUUCGCCAUUCUUGCUUGACAAGCCAGAGUUGCGUCAAGAGAUAUGCGAUGCUGCUGUGAAACUUGCCAAGUCAGUUAAUUACAGAUCAGCGGGUACUGUUGAGUUCAUUGUGGUUGAUGAGGGAAAAGGAUACCCAGAAACUGGCAAGUUUUACUUCCUUGAGAUGAACACCAGACUGCAAGUUGAGCAUGGCAUUACAGAGCUUACAAAUGGUGUUGACUUGGUGGAAUGGAUGCUUCGUCUAGGCGGUCGACAGACCCAAGGGGCAAUCAAUUUAGAUCAGUUUCGAUGGAACCCCAAUGGGCAUGCAAUCGAAGUGAGAAUUUAUGCCGAGAACCCCAGCCUCAACUUUCAGCCCUCUCCAGGACUGCUGACUGAGGUGACCUGGCCCACUUCCCAGAAUGUCCGAGUUGACACUUGGGUUAAGUCAGGUUCUAAGGUUAGCAAUACCUACGACCCUCUCCUGGCCAAAAUGAUGGUUCACGGCACAGAUAGAGCAGCCGCAAUUGACCAAAUGCUGAAUGCCUUAUCCAUGACGACUGUCGCGGGUCCUUUCACAAACCUGGACUUCCUUUCAACCGUCAUCCAGCAUGAAGAUUUCAUGUCUGGACGCACGACCACUCAGCUCUUGAAACAUGUGAAGUAUACACCGCAUGCAAUAAGGGUUCUGCAAGGAGGACCAGAUACUAGUGUCCAAGACUGGCCUGGUCGUAUUGGCCUUCGGGUUUAUGGGAUACAACCAAAUGGCCCAAUGGACGACCUAGCUUUCCGAGUGGCCAACAUCUUAGUGGGAAACAAACCUGGAGUUGCUGGUUUGGAAAUGACGACGUGGGGCUCUAAGUUGUACUUUCACGUUGCCAGUCUAGUUGCUGUCACAGGGGCAGAUAUGAAGGUGACUCUUUCUGCACCGGAUGGGAUGACGGAUACGAAAUUGACAUGGACAAGGUUCUACGUACCAGCUGGGAGUACGUUAUCCAUUGGGAAGAUCUGUAAAGGUUCCUCUGGGUGUAGGUCCUAUUUGGCUGUGUUAGGAGGGAUACAGGUUCCAGAUUAUCUUGGAAGUAAAUCAACCUAUGCUGCCUUUGGGUAUGGUGGAUUCCAGGGCAGAAUCCUUCAGGCAAAUGACAUGCUCCCACUGGCUAUAUCUGAAGAAAUGCCAAGCGACAUUGAAAUGGACCUGCCCCUGCACUCAGAGCUGAAGCCAGCUUACUGCAAGAACUGGGAAAUACAGUGCAUGCCUGGUCCUCAUGCUGAUCCUGAUUACGUGACUCCUGCUGGGAUGGACGAAUUUUUUUCUGUCUUAUGGGAAGUGCAUUACAAUAGUGCCAAGAUGGGUGUGCGACUGAAGGGGCCGACUCCACAGUGGGCGAGGAAAGAUGGUGGGGAUGGAGGGUCACAUCCUAGUAACAUCCACGAUGCUGGCUAUGGCUUAGGUGCCAUCAACUUCACCGGAAACUCACCAGUGGUCUUGACGUGCGAUGGACCAACUCAAGGUGGGUUCACAUGUCCCUGGACGAUAGUCUCAAGUGAAAUGUGGAAAAUUGGUCAGGUCAGUCCUGGUGACACGGUACACUUCUGCCCCAUAUCAAUUGAAGAUGCUUUAGGCAUCAGAUCUUCACAAGAAGAUUACCUUGCGACUGUGAAACAAAUUGCAACAUUUCCUCACAUGCCGGUUCCAGGACCCACUUUCCCUUUCUUGACCAAGAUAUCCAGUUCUGAUUUUGCUACAGUUGAUAAGUCACAUCAUGGCAAAGCCAUUUUGGGACAGCUUCCCGCUGACCAGGACUGCACCAGACCUAGUGUCCAGUAUCGACAGAGCGGUGACUGUUACAUCCUGAUAGAAUAUGGAGAUCCCAAAGGUUCCGUUGAUUUGAACAUCUUUGCCCGUGUCAGACUCUUGCAGCAGACUCUCCGCCUGCAGACUGACACCAAAACUCAAAUGGUUGAGACUCCCUUGAUCCCUGGGACACUAGAUAGUGCUCCGAGCAUACGAUCAUUGCUCAUCCGAUACGAUGCUAAGAUCAUCCCACAAAUCACCCUUCUCGCUUUCCUCAAGAAGAUAGAAAUCAACCUACCUGAUGUGAGACAGGUCGUGUUUCCCUCAAGGGAUAUUCGGAUGCCCUUUGUCUUCGAUGACCACUGGUCACAGGAAGCCACUGACCAAUACAAGCAGAUGAUCCGCCCAGAGGCCAGCUACCUUCCCAGCAACGUUGACUUCAUUGCGGAAAACAAUGACCUUAAGGGAGGGAAGCAGGAGCUCGUAAAACAUCUUGUUGAUACCCCGUUCCUUACUCUUGGAGUUGGCUUCUUCCUCGGCUGCCCCUUCAUUUGCCAAAUCAAUCCUCUCGAUCGUCUAAAGGUUCCAAAGUAUAAUCCAUCACGUGUGUACACCCCUGCGGGGACCGUAGGCCUCGGUGGCUCUCUCAGUGCCAUCUACCCUCUGGAAUCCCCUGGAGGGUACCAAAUGUAUGGCCGUACGAUACCAACUUGGGAUACCUUCGGGUCAGUUUCGCCAUUUACCCCACAUCAGCCCUGGCUUCUUAACCUCUUUGACAAGGUGACCUUUUACAAGGUCACUGAACCUGAGUUGUUGCACUUCCGCCGGCUCGCCUUGGCUGGGAAGUACAGGUAUGAAAUCCACGAGGCAACAUUUGACAUGGUCGAGUACAACAAACUGGAACAAAGCGUGGCGAAAGAAUGCAAACGAAGAGAAAAAGCGCGUAGGUUAGCUUGUGAAAGAUUGAAAGAGAUUGAAGAGGAACUGCUUCUGAAGCAGGCAAAAGUCCCCGAGGUCGUUCCAAAGGUAAUAGAAGGGGUUCCUGAGGGGCAACAGGCUUGUCAAGCGCUUCUUGCGGGAGUUGUCAAGGAGGUCAGAGUAAAUGUCGGUGAUCGGGUAACUGCUGGGGAGACUGUUUUGUGUGUCUUGGAAGCCAUGAAGACCGAGAUGGAGGUGACAUCUGAUGUAGGUGGGUUGGUUGUGAAGGUGGUGGCAGUGAAAGGCCAACAGGUCUCUGCCCUUGAUGUGGUAUGCAUUCUUGGAAGUGAAGAAAAACUUUAACUUCGUUUGGUGUAUAGUGCACCGUGUUACAUAAAUGUAUACCCAGAGACUGUAGUCGAAAUCUCGAAUACUCAAGAGGUCCAUGUACAUCCUUGAUAAAGAACUCGUCUGAGGUGAAAUGAAAGACUCCAAAAGGUUUUUGAGCCUGUGAAAAACCAUAAGGGGGUUUGUCAAUUCCCUGAAAAGCUGAAGGGGUGCAUAUUUGUGUUGGUUGAAAGGCCCUGAAAGCUUUUUCAAAAGCUCGAACCCCUUAUUUCUAAGACAGUGUAUAGUUUGACUUAUUUCAGUCGUGUAAGCUCGUCUGGUAAUUUCCUAUACGUACUAUGUACCCAUGCUGUCAGUAACCUUAAAGUAGGAUUCGCUGUCCGUCGUGUAAUGAUUGAUUAUAAAAAGGAUAUUGCAAAGAAUUUCGCUAAAAACUUGUUUUUCACGUGAUGUUGUAGAAGAGAUUUUUUGGAAAUUAAUGA